AGGAAACGUCAGUGUCGAAGGAAAUAAGCAACUUUUUAUACAAAUGUAUCAUUUAUAGUUUUAAUUAGUUCAAUAUUAAUUUAUUACUGUGCUGUGAGUGAUUUGAGUGAGGAAAAUGUCGGGCGAGCGUGAAAUACCGGCCGAGGACAGUAUUAAAGUCGUGUGUAGGUUUCGGCCCUUAAAUGAUUCAGAAGAAAAGGCUGGUUCGAAAUUCGUAGUCAAAUUUCCUCAAGGUGCCGAUGAAAAUUGCAUUUCUAUUGCGGGCAAAGUAUACUUGUUCGACAAAGUAUUCAAACCAAAUGCGACGCAAGAAAAGGUUUACAACGAGGCGGCCAAGAGCAUCGUGUCGGACGUCUUGGCCGGCUACAACGGCACGAUAUUCGCCUACGGUCAAACGUCGUCCGGUAAAACGCAUACCAUGGAGGGCGUAAUAGGGGAUCCCCACAAGCAGGGCAUCAUACCUAGGAUCGUCAACGACAUCUUCAAUCACAUUUACGCGAUGGAAGAGAACCUGGAGUUCCACAUCAAAGUUUCCUAUUUCGAAAUUUACAUGGACAAAAUUCGGGACUUGCUGGACGUCUCCAAGAUAAACCUCAGCGUGCACGAGGACAAAAACAGAGUGCCGUACGUGAAGGGCGCGACGGAGAGGUUCGUCUCCAGUCCCGAGGAGGUGUUCGAGUCCAUAGAAGAAGGCAAAUCCAACAGACACAUAGCCGUGACGAACAUGAACGAGCAUUCGUCCCGAUCGCAUUCAGUAUUUUUGAUCAACGUCAAACAAGAAAACCUAGAAAAUCAGAAGAAACUGUCCGGAAAACUGUAUCUCGUCGAUUUGGCCGGUUCGGAAAAAGUUUCCAAAACUGGAGCUGAGGGUACCGUUCUGGACGAGGCAAAGAACAUCAACAAGUCGUUGUCGGCGCUCGGCAACGUGAUCAGCGCGCUCGCCGACGGCAACAAGACCCACAUCCCCUACCGCGACUCCAAGCUCACGCGCAUCCUCCAGGAAUCCCUGGGAGGCAACGCCCGCACCACCAUCGUGAUCUGCUGCUCGCCGGCCAGCUUCAACGAGAGCGAGACCAAAUCAACUUUGGACUUCGGCAAGCGAGCCAAGACCGUGAAGAACGUCGUGUGCGUGAACGAGGAGCUCACCGCCGAGGAAUGGAAGAGACGGUACGAGAAGGAGAAGGAGAAGGUGGCGAGGCUCAAGGGGAAGGUGGAGAAGUUGGAGGCCGAGCUGGCUCGCUGGAGGAGCGGCGAGACCGUCAGGCCCGACGAACAGGUAAACUUCAACGAGGUAUCCGAGGCGGUCACCCCGGUGUCAGCCGCAAUGGAAGAGAGCAUCAUCGAAGCGCCAAAGUCGGGCCCGAUGCCGGCCACGCCAGCUCUGAUGAUCGGCUCCACGUUGGGCGUGGAAGAAAGGCAAAAGCUGGAGCUGGAGCGCGAGAAGCUCUACCAGCAGCUGGACGAGAAGGACGAGGAGAUCAACCAGCAGAGUCAGUACGUGGAAAAGCUGAAGGAACAGAUGCUGGAGCAGGACGAGUUGAUCGCGGCCACGCGUAGAGAUUACGAGGCGUUGCAGGCGGAGAUGAACAGGAUACAGCAGGAGAACGAGAGCGCCAAAGAGGAGGUCAAGGAGGUCCUGCAGGCCUUGGAAGAGCUGGCCGUGAACUACGACCAAAAGUCGCAGGAGGUCGACGCCAAGAACAAGGAAAUGGAGUCCCUCUCGGAAGAGUUGAUGCAGAAGCAAGCCACUUUGAACACCACCACCACGGAGCUGCAACAGCUGAGGGACGUUAGCAGUCACCAGAAGAAACGAAUCGCCGAGAUGCUGAGCAACCUGCUGAAGGAGUUGGGCGAGAUCGGUACCACUCUGGGGAGCGAGAGCAGCGAGAUCAAAAUUUCGAACGACGCGGCGAAACUGGAGGAGGAGUUCACCGUGGCGCGGCUCUACAUCUCGCGCAUGAAGAGCGAGGUGACUAACCUGUCGCAGCGGCUGCAGGACAUCGAGAACAAGGAGCAGGACAGCAACCGCAAGGUGACCGAGUACGAGAAGGAGCUGGGCGAGUGCAAGCUGCUCAUCUCGCAGCACGAGGCGCGCGUCAAGAGCCUGCAGGAGUCGAUCCGCGAGGCGGAGAACAAGAAGCGCGCCUUGGAGGAGAACGUGGACGCGCUGAGGGAGGAGUGCGCCAAGCUGAAGGCGGCCGAGCAGGUGUCGGGCGCCAGCGAGAGCGAGAAGAAGGAGGCCAACGAGCUGCGCGUCGCUUUGGAGCAGCAGAUGGACCAGCUUACCGUCGCUCAUCAGAAACAGGUGGCCGCCCUUAGGGACGAGAUCGCCGAGAAGCAACAACUCAUCAACGAUAUUAAAGAUUCCAACCAAAAGUUGUCGCUGGCCCAGCAGCAGUUGCAGAGCGAUUACGAGAAAGUGAAGUCGGAAGAGACGGAAAAGUCCCACAAGCUGCAGGAAUUGAUAGCCACCAAUGAGAGGAGGGAACAGGCCAGAAAAGACCUCAAAGGACUCGAGGACACCGUUUCCAAGGAACUGCAAACUUUGCAUAACCUUCGCAAACUUUUCGUACAAGAUUUACAGGCGCGUAUGAAGAAGAACCUGUCCUCGGAGGAUGUGGACGAAGACGGCGGUUCUCUGGCGCAGAAGCAGAAGAUAUCGUUCCUCGAGAACAACCUCGAUCAGCUGACCAAAGUGCACAAGCAGCUGGUGCGCGACAACGCCGACCUGCGCUGCGAGCUGCCCAAGCUCGAGAAACGUCUGCGCGCCACCAUGGAGCGCGUCAAGGCCUUGGAAACGGCGCUCAAGGACGCCAAGGAGGGCGCCAUGCGCGACAGGAAAAGGUACCAAUACGAGGUGGAUCGCAUCAAGGAAGCUGUGAGGCAGAAGAACUUGGCGCGAAGAGGUCCUGCGGCCACCAUUGCCAAACCUAUCCGGUCCGGGCAACACCAUGCAGUAAGCAUUACUGGCGGCGUUGCCAUACGCACCGGCGGCACGCCCACCAAGCCAAUGGACGAGUCCAUCAAGCGCAAAUCACUCAUCAUGGAUAAAGAUUGAGCUACCACCAACCAAAUAAGCAGCAGGUGCUUGGAAAGUAUAAUAAGCAAACAAUCAUAAUACCAAAAAUGUUGCUGAUUAUCAUAUUUAUCAACUGAAAGCAAGCACACCCUGUAGAACAACACCAAAACUUAUUCUACCAGGUGGCGCUUGCCUAAAAUUUAAUGUGCUUACAAGCUUAGUUAUUUAUAGAUUUAAGGUGCACUUAAAAAUGAAAUAAACAAAUCAGAGCAAAUUGUUUCUUGAUCUUAAGGAUUUUGUUUACCGGGUUUUGCAGUAAGCAUUCAAUAAAAAAUACAUGAUUUUCAUCGUUCGUUUUUGUAUUGCUUGCUUGCGGCAUUUUUUUCUUCAUAUUGUAGGGCAUUGCAAGGAAUAAUUUGUUAGUCUUUACAUGCUGUAAUUAUUGUUAUUCCCGUAUAAUUUAAAUCGAAUUGCCUUAAAAUGCAUUACACUUUAACAAGUUGAUAUCAUUGUAAAGUAAUUGGUGAAAUAAUUGUGUUAAUAAUUUAUUUUAUUUUAAAUAAAUCUUGGGAUUUACAACGUGUAAUUCUUAUUCAAUAAAUGGUACUAAUAAAAGAUUUCAAGUUGACCUAUAGAAAUAAGUAGCAUGUUUCUAUUUUUUUUAUUAUUUAAUUGAUUUACAAUUCCUGGCCAAUUUGUUGGGAAUUUGUAAAAUGGUCAAUAUCUUCUCACAAAAAUGCAUUUUUGAACUAUAAAACUGAUUGUAUAAAACGCUUUUAUGGACAUUUAAUUGAUAUUUAAAAAACUACAUUUUUUGCCCUAAAACUCAUUUUUGCAGAAAAACUAUUACAACAAGGUUAUAUAUCUAAAUAUGUUGUAAUCAGAGUUUUAUUGCAAAAAUCCCAAAAAGUAAUUUUUCUUGAAAACGCUAUUAACGCAAUUCUACCCAGUUGUGAUUAAAAACGCACUUUUGUGAGAAGAUAUCGAUCUGUGAGCAAGUCUUAUAAAUUGACCAGGGCCUGUAGUUAAAUUGUAGUUAUUUUUUAAUAUAUCUGAGAUAUUUGUACAGCAAGAUCAUAUUUUUUAAAUUAUUCUUUUAACUUAUAUAUUAAGUGAUUUUGUAUAAAAACAUUGUUUUGAGUUUGAUUGCUUUAUUAAAUACUUAUUUUUUUUAUCCAAUUGUAUUUCCUUUAGUUUGGUUCGGAACACUGGCUUGACUGGGGCAAGCUUAAGUCUGUCUGAACUUUUUGGAGCCUAGAUUAAAAAUCCCUAAAAAUUGGCAUUAAGCAAUGUAGUUCAAUUUACCUAAAUAAAUAAUAAUUUAAACAUAUUAUAUAUAAUGUGUUUGCUUUACUAGCAAGGAUGGAUGUUAUCUUUUUUAGUGUUUUUUAAUCGAUUACUAUUUGCACAACCAUACAACUGUGCAAUACACUGUUUAAAAUUUGUUGUGAUACAAAGUGUGGUUUCCUAUUAUUUUUUAUACUUUUGAUUAGAAUUAUCUUCCAUUCUAAUUCAGUUGGCUGUUUUUAAAGAAAAAUGUUCAAUUAAAAAGUUUGGCUGCAACUUACAUUUACUUUUCUAUUGAUUAAAAUAAAACUACAAAUAGGAAAUGUGUUUGUAGGAUUAUUAAAUAGCUGGUAAAUAACCCAAUAAAAAGUAUGUGUUAGUUUUAUUAUGGAAUAUUUUCGGUGGUGCACAAAUUUUAUACUUAUUGCAUUUCAUGUUAUUGAUUUUUACAAUUUUUAACGAAAACAAUUAUUUAGAUACCUUUGUUUCAAAGAAAGCGCUAUUCUGUGUAGUGGUAACAAAUAUUUGAUAGUGGAUGCUUGAGUCAAUGAUGCAAUUUAUUUAUUUAACGAUGAAAUUAUAUUCUAAUAAACUAAUACAAAUUCUA